GCGCGGGCUGCCGACGGGGCAACAUCUCAGCGCGCACGGCGCCCGCUCUGUCGCCGCCAGCCAGCCGCAACGGGCGCGCGCGCUCGCACAGUGUCUCUGUCUCCCUCCCACGCUCGCCGAACAGCUGAGUGUCACCGCCUCGUCUGGACGCCAAAGUGCGCAGCACUGCCUCGCGGCCGCCGUACGAGGUAGUACACGACGCCGACAGAAGCUCGUCGUCUCCUCCUGGAGUGAGUGCGUAGUCGACAGCUGUGCUGUUCGGCCCGAAGGGGGGCUUAUUAUCUAAUCUCGAGUGACAUUUGAAGGCAGGUGUGAUCGCCGAAGUACAGUGCAACUCGUCGCAGUAGGGAGCUCCGACAUAUUGUUACAUCUGUAUUGUAAGUGCGACAUACGUCGUUUGUUUACACUGCGUAAUUGCCUCCGGAAGCAGCUCGUACGGUAGUACAAGUAAACUGCCCCUUCUGUGACUGUGACAAUAAUGGAGAGUACAGUGUCGUUGCUCCACUAUAGUGAAACAAUAGCGCUUUGCGGGUGAUACAGCAAUUACUCGUCAUAUGAAAAACACCUUGUGUACGAGUGUGCAUUUGUUGCUUUCUUGUCUCGUGUGCUUUCGUCAGACACAGAUUCGAGAACGUUAUCUGGCGUGUGGAGCGCGAAAUUACUCCGCCCCUGUGACACAUUAAUUAACAGCGAGUAGAGCCGCUACGGUUGUUACGGGUCUCCAUCUGUGUGCCUGGCUACCCCCACGGGAGCCGCGUACACGAGUGCUCGCACUCUCGGCGUGUUCUUUGAGUAGUGACAGCGGCGAGCCUGUGUGCGUGUGCGGUAGUGCGAGCUCCUCUCUCUGUUUUUUUGCCGAUACGACUGGUGUGCGCGUGCAGUAAUAAAUCGCCGUGUGAGAAACGGCAGUGCCGUGUAGAGCGUUAAAAAGGAGCAAAGGGAGACGAAAAACAACAACAAACGGGAGCGUUUUAGCCCGGCCGCCGCAAUAACCAUGCAUCAUCUUUCUGAAAGCGGCGUGUGCUCGUAGACGAGAGAGAGCAUCCGGCUGCAUCGAGAAUCCGGACAGCGGUCGCCGGGGCAGUUAGCGUUUGAUGUGCGGUGUAAUCGCCGAGGCCGGAGGGAAGCGCGUCCAGCAGCGAGCCGCGGCAGUCGGUAGGCCGGCGACUGCGUAGUCUCGGCUGCGAGAGCGGCGCCGGCCAGCGGACCGCGGCGCCGCCCCCGGCCCGCAUGCACUGACGGCCGCCGACCUGCGACAGCGGGACCAGCAUGCAGCAGCCGCAGCACCCGCACCAGCCGCCCGCCAAGCAGAUGCCGCUGCCGCUGCAGCACCACCCCAGGGACGCCGCCGUCGUCCUCGCCAACCACGCCGCCAACAACGCCGUCGCCAAGAGCAAGGCGCUGGGCCACCACCAGCACCUGCACCACCACCACCACCACAUCCACAACAAUAACAACAACAACAACACCAGCGGUAUCGGCGGCGGCGCGCUCAGCCUGAGCGAGAGCAGCUGUAGUGGCAGUCCGGGCAGCCCGGGAGAGGCGUCGCUGAGCGCGUCCAUGGCGGCCGCGACGUUGGAGCUGUCGCAGCCGGUGGCGGUGUCGGCGGCGGGCGCCGCCUCCGUGGCACCGGUGGCGACGUCGACGCCGCAGUCGCAGUCCCAGCCGCCUCCGCCACCUCCGACGCCCUCGCCGGCGUCGCCCGUCGUGACGCAGCAGCAGCAGCAACAACAACAACAACACCUGCUGCAGCACUUGCACCAGCAGCCGCAGCAGCUGCUCCACCACCAGCACCACCACCACCAACAACAACAGCAGCAGCAGCCUGCCGCCGACAACACCGUCUUCGUCAACUCGUGGCACCCGCACGUGUACGGCAAGCCGCCGAGGACGCCGACGCCGCACCUCAUAUCGGACAUCCUGGGCUGGGGGCGGAGACCGUCGCCGCCGCAGCCGCAGCCGCUGCCGCCGCCGCCGCUCCCGCACCAGCAGCAGCAGCAGCAGGCGGCUACGCAGCUGGCACCGCCGCCGCCGGCCGCCACGCACAGGCCGACGCUGGUGGCCCCGACGCCCAUCCGCGCCACGCCGUCCCCGUGCGUGACCGCCAUGCACAACCUGACCCUGCUGCAGCCGCCCCCGCAGCAGCCGUCGCCGGCGCUCUGCAACCCCCUGGCGCCCGUCGCCGCCCCCGCCGACGAGGAGCUCAGCAACGAACCGCUCAACCUGACGACGAAAAGCCGCGACGCGUCGCCCACCUCUUCGGUGGGCUCCAUCCGCACUCUGACGCCGCCCGUGGUGCCGCCGCCCGCCCCGGGGAAGCUCCUCCUGCCCAACCACAGGCUGGCGCCCUUCCGCGAGCCUCCGGUCAACGGCGUCGAAGCGGUCGUCACCAUCCCCACGGUCCGCGGACCCCCCGGCGCCGCCGUCAACGGGAGACCCGGCGCCGACGUGGGCGUCGCGACGCCUUCCGCCCCCAAGGGAUCUGCGCACCGUGCCGCCCCCAAAGACGGUUCGGCGCCGACGAAGUCGACUGGAGCGAAACGGAAGAAGGAGGCGAACCCCAGCGGCGGCGCGGCGGGCGGCGCGGCGACGGGGGCGGCGGGGGCGAGCGGCGGCGGCGUGGCGGGCGCCGACGGCGGCAGCGGCGGCGCGCCCGGCUCCGACAGCGACCGCAAGCGCAAGAAGGCGCGCACCACCUUCACCGGCCGGCAGAUCUUCGAGCUGGAGCGCCAGUUCGAGCAGAAGAAGUACCUCUCCUCCUCCGAGCGCGCCGAAAUGGCCAAGCUGCUCAACGUCACCGAGACACAGGUGCGUGCCGCGCUGCCUUCCCUCUCGAUACGUCUUCCUCGCCCCACUCAAGUGAAGCUCUACCAAAAGUCUUUCCAGCACACCGUCAUGUGA